GGGUGGAGGUAGCAUUAGUUGUGGCUCCAUAUUAGGCAUGCUUGGGACUACAAAUGUGUUGGACUACAGAUCCCAUGAGUCCAAGUACUAUAAAGGGGGAAAUCAAAUCUUCUGGCCUUUCUCUUUGUGGGACCAUGUGCUGCGUAGGAGAAGCUGUGUGUAUGCUUAAAGGAUAUAUACUGGUGGAUGCCUCAGAAAUUGAGUAGAUUCAUUCAUUAACACAGAUGAUGCAUGAUUGCCGUUUACUUUUAUCUAAAAUAUUGGUGGGUUAAUGUUGGGUUGUAAGAUAUGACUUUUAACAGUUACACUAUGAUGAAGUGAUUUGAAUUUCUUGUGGGACUGUGAUUUUGUUUCGUUUAUUUGUCUUCGUUUUGUGUUAAUCAACCAAAGACAAAGGGGUUCCCAUUCUUGUAUGCAUGGUUGACUCUUAAGGUGAUUGGGCACAAUUUGUAGUGGUUUGAGUCAAGUGCGUGUUGGUUUUCUAUUACACUUGUGUUAUUGGUUUUGUGCUGUGAUUUGAGUGUACUCUUUAAUAGUGGAACUGCCAUUGUAUGGGAUUGGGGAACCCUAUGGUCUAUAGUGGGUUAAACCUUUGUGUUCUUUUCGUUUCUUUGCCACUUCUUAUUACCAUUUGUGUUUAAUAAAUCUGUUUGUGCUUGCAAGGAAACACACUGUGGUUGUUGCCCUUCUUUUACACCUUCCCCAUUACUUGUAAGGCCUGGGGAGGGUUACAAAUGGCGUAGUCGGCAGGGUCUGUUUGAUGUUGGGCAGCACUACAGUGUGUUACUGUGGACCUUGUUUUUUUGUUGUUGUUGUUUAUUUAUUAUUAUUAUUUUUUUUUUUUCACUGAUACCCACCAUUUUGUGUAGGUAUUUAAAAGGUAUUUGUAUAAGUAAACGGCAGUCGUGCAAGAAGAAAACACCGUAACUAUGGAACAGGAGCUGACAGAGUUGCGGGAACAGAUACGUAGUCUACAGGCUGCAAAUGAACAAUUAAUGCAACAAUGUUCUGCAUCCAGCCGUGACUCUCUUAACCAGCCUGUAUCCAGCAUUAAUGCUCCUCCGCCGGUGCCUUUCACUAGAGUGAUGUAUGUUCCUCGGGAGCGGAAGUGUCGACGGUUCUGUGGGGACUUGGACUCUACUUCGAGCAUAGAGGACUGGAUUGAGGAGGCUGAAGCCUGCAUUGGGGAUGACAGUUGGACUGUGCGAGAAAGGGUAGCAUUCCUUUUAGAUCAUUUAGGAGGGGAAGCCAGAAUGGAGAUUAAACUCCGAGCAGCAGCUGAACGUCAGACUCCCGAACUUAUAUUUAAGGUUUUAAGAAGUAUGUAUGGAGCAAAACAAACAUUUGUGCAGUUGCAGAAAGGGUUUUAUGAUCGAAAACAAAGAGAGGGUGAAUCCCUAAUUGAAUUCUCUCAUGCACUUAUAUCUUUGAUGGAUUCUAUUCUCGUAAGUAGUCCACAUGGUGUCCCGAAUGCUGACCAAGUUCUCCGUGAUCAGUUUGUGGAGCAGGUUAAAGAUGUAGCACUUAAACGUGAACUUAAACGUUUUGUAAGACAAACUCCACACUGUACCUUAAUUGAUGUUCGAAGUGAGGCUAUCAGAUGGAAUGAGGAAGGCAAAGGAGAGGCUAUUCCCCCUGCUGCUCAGUUAUGGUGUAAUGCUGCUCAGGGUAGAGUAACUGAAUCACCUAGGCCUAAUGACUCUACUGAAUUAAGAGAAAUUAAGGAGUUGUUAAAGCACCAACAAGCUCAGAUUGAUGAGAUUACGAAGCGUCUUGAUGAUCUUAAACCCUCAAGUAAUGAACCCUCUGUCCCUUUGACAAGGCCAAAUGGUUCUCGAAGGUGUUUACGUUGUAAUAAAUUGGGUCACAUUGCCCGAUAUUGUCGACAACAAUGGCCUGUUGAUUCUGGCUCUAGGUCAGCUGGGGGAACAACGAGGGGAACACCGGUGGAGGAGAUAGAUGAAUGUGCCUCUCCUGUGGUUACUAGUCAAGAAACUGAAAUAGGCAUUGAAGGUUUAAAAACCUCAAGACUUGUCUGUCCUACAGUGGUGCAGCGUCUUAUCGGCAAAUGUCCCACAGUGACGAUUCAAAUGGGGGGUGUUCCUGUUUUAUGUUUGCUGGAUACUGGCUCAAUGGUGACCACUAUAACAGAGACUUUUUUUGACCAAUGUUUUCGACAACUAGCACCAGAUGCUCUAAAAAAAUGUGGCUGGCUUCAACUGAGAGCUGCGAAUGGGUUGAAUAUCCCUUAUGUGGGAUAUUUUGAAAUUGUUAAUGUGUUGGGACAAAUUCUACCUAAACAGGGUGUAUUGGUUGUGAAAGACCCUGAAAACAUUGAUAUGUCUAAAAAGAAAGAACUGGUCCCUGGUCUGUUGGGGAUGAACAUAAUAGGGCAGUGUUAUAACAAUUUGUUUGAAGAACAUGGUUCAGCCUUAUUUUCAGUUCUACAGGUUAGACGAGCAGAAACUGGUUGGAAGGAUGCAUUGUUGCAGUGCCAGAGAACCAGUGAUCCCUUUGGUCCUGGUUAUAUUGGCCAGGUACGAGUGCAAGCAAAGCAUCCAGUGCAGAUUCCUGCCGGAACAAUGAGGUUAGUUACAGCUUACUGCCCUAAAACUUUUUCAAAUGUAGCCACUUUAUUUGAACCCCUUGGUGGUGAUGGGAGCGGUGGAUUUCCUGCAGGAAUUUUGAUCUCCCCUGCAUUGUUACAAUCCUCCCAAACUACAAUUUGUGUACCUGUGGUUAAUGUCAGCACAGAAACUGUAUAUUUACCUGCAAGAGCAAAGUUGGGUAGUUUGAUUAAAGUUGAGAUGGUUAAUCAAUCUGACCAAGAAAUUUCAUUUAAGGAAAAUUUGCAAGGCAGUGUUAGUGAAAUUGUUAUUCAGUGCCAGAUGUCAGCUUCUGUUUCAAACCACAGUGAGCUAGAAAGGGUCGAAUUAUCGGGGCUUUCAGAGGCAGAAAGGGAAGUGGUCAAACAUCUUUUGCAUAAAUAUCAGGAUGUUUUUGCUAAGGAUGAUGGUGACUUGGGCUGCACUACUUUGAUAGAGCACCAUAUCCCAUUGUUGGAUAAUGUCCCAGUGCGUCAGCGUCAUCGUCGAAUUCCACCUAGUCAGUGGGAGGCUGUCAAAGCCCACAUUAAGCAGCUGUUGGAGAGUCAGGUCAUUCGAGAGAGUUGUAGCCCAUACUCAUCUCCCAUUGUGCUGGUAAAGAAAAAGGAUGGUUCCUUGAGAAUGUGUGUAGAUUAUCGUCAGUUAAAUGCAAGAACUCGGAAGGAUGCUUAUCCACUUCCCAGGAUUGAGGAGUCCUUGGAUGCUUUGACUGGGGCAAGAUGGUUUUCUACAUUGGAUUUAGCAAGUGGAUACAAUCAAGUCCCGGUGGCUGAAGCUGAUCGUUCCAAGACUGCCUUUUGUACUCCUUUUGGGCUCUUUGAAUUUCUUCGGAUGCCUUUUGGGCUUUGCAAUGGGCCAAGCACUUUUCAACGGCUCAUGGAACGAAUUUUUGGUGACCAAAGUUUUCAGUCCCUACUGCUCUAUCUUGAGGACGUGAUCAUUUUUUCAACAACAGUAGAACAGCAUCUGCAGCGACUAGAACUGGUACUGAGUCGUUUAAGGCAACAAAAUCUUAAAGUUAAGCUCAGUAAGUGUUGUUUCUUUUGCCCAAAAGUACGUUAUUUGGGACAUGUCGUUUCGGCUGCAGGAGUGAGCACUGAUCCAGAAAAGAUAGCUGCAGUGGUAAAUUGGAAACAGCCACAGACUCUUCAAGAACUUAGGUCCUUUCUAGGUUUUGCUAGUUAUUAUCGACGAUUUGUGAAAGGGUUCUCACGUAUUGCAGAGCCUUUGAAUGCUCUAGUAGCUGAAGUCAUUCGGGGCCAGAAAACCAAGCGGCCAAAAGUUAAUUUGGGGGAUAGGUGGGUUAAAGCUUGUGAAGAUGCGUUUCAGACCCUUAAGGUAGCUUUGACCAGUGCCCCUGUGCUUGCUUAUGCUGACUUUAGCAAGUCAUUCAUCUUGGAGAUAGAUGCAAGUUUUCAAGGCUUGGGUGCCGUUUUGUCACAGGAGUACAAGGGCAAGUGUAGACCAGUUGCUUAUGCAAGUCGAGGGUUGAGGCCAGCAGAACGUAAUAUGCGAAACUAUAGCUCAAUGAAGCUGGAAUUUGUGGCUCUAAAAUGGGCUGUAGCUGAAAAAUUCAGAGAGUAUCUGCUGGGAAAUAAGUGUACAGUAUAUACGGAUAACAACCCUCUUAGUCAUUUGCAGACAGCAAAGCUGGGGGCACUGGAACAAAGGUGGGUAAAUCAGCUUGCAGAGUUUGAUUUAGAUAUCAAAUACAGGCCUGGACGCAAUAAUGGCAAUGCUGAUUCCUUGUCUAGACAAAGCUCCACCCCUUUGGUGGAGCUGGCUUCGAUUGCAGUUGUGCCGGAACAAAUACGGCAGUCUGUUACAGAUCAGGGUCAGGUCUGCAGGGUUAAUAAAGUAUCUGUCUUUCCCAGACCGUUGAAGGAAAAUUUGGGUGUGUUGCAGGAAGCUGACCCUGUCAUAGGAAGGUUCAUGGUAUACUGGGACCGCAGGCAGCAACCAACAUUGCAAGAACGCUCUCUCGAACAGCCAGAGCUUUUGGAGCUAGUCCGUCAAUGGGAGAAGUUGGAGAAAAUAGAUGGUGUUUUGUAUAGACGAUUUUGGCCACAAGAGUGUCAUAAGGAAAUCCGACAGGUAGUGUUACCAUCUGCCCUUAGAGAGGAUGUUCUUACCUGCCUUCAUGAUGACCAUGGCCAUCAGGGGAUGGAGCGAACUGCAAGGCUAGUAAGAGCACGUUGUUUUUGGCCAGGAAUGUAUAGGUAUGUUGAGGACUGGUGUAGGAAAUGUCAGCGCUGUACCCUCUCAAAAGUGGUUAGACCGAAGGUGCGUACAUUCAUGGGGCAUUUGAUGGCUGACCGACCCCUUGAUAUUGUAGCAAUCGAUUUUACAUUAUUGGAACCAUCAACUAGUGGAAUGGAGAAUGUAUUAAUCAUGACAGAUGUGUUUUCAAAAUAUACCCAAGCAAUCCCUACUAAAGAUCAGACCGCUAAAACAGUGGCCCGUGUAUUAGUGGAACGAUGGUUUUAUUUGUUCGGUGUCCCGCGACAGUUACAUUCAGAUCAGGGAAGGUGCUUUGAGAGCCACCUGAUAAAAGAACUCUGUGAAAUCUAUGGUAUUGCAAAGACUCAUACUACACCAUAUCAUCCUCAGGGGAAUGGUCAGUGUGAGCGGUUCAAUAGAACGAUGCAUGACCUGCUGCGUACACUCCCUGCUGAAAAAAAAAGAGACUGGCCAUCUUACUUGUCACAGUUGGUGUUUGCAUAUAAUACCACAGAACACCAGUCUACAGGUUACUGUCCUUAUGUCCUGAUGUUUGGACAAGAACCACACUUACCGGUAGAUUUUAUGUUAGGACUGGAUGACUAUGGCCCAACAAAUGUGGACUGGAUAGUUGACCACCGAGAUAAUUUGGAAAGUAUUUUCAAUAAUGCCCGAGCCCGUCUUCAGAAAGCUGCAGCUCAGCGUGCCCGUGUAAAUGAUGCUAAGGUGUCACAGAUGACAUUAAGGGAAGGCCAGUUGGUAUAUAAAAAAGCACAUGAUCAUCAAGGCAGAAAGAAAAUCCAGGAUGCUUGGGACCCAACCAUUUAUCAAAUUGUUCGAUGUCCCGAGGGGCAAGGGUCUGUAUAUUCUAUUCCAGUUGAUGGUGGAAAAGUGAGACAAAUACACCGUAGUGAGUUGCGACCAGUUUAUGUCCCAUCAGAAGGUCGAACCGAAAGUCCAGGACUAUUCCCUUUAAGUGAGGAUCCUGAGGAGCAGAGAAGGGAUAUGAUAGUAAUGUUAUCAAGUGAACCUGGUGUGCCUGCAGAGAAUGAGUUAUGCAUACCACUUCCAGCAGAAGAAGGUGAUCCUCAAGAGCUGACUUUACAGCCAUGUCGACAACCGGAACAGCCAGUGCAGCGACAGGUGGACCUAGUAAGGCGGACAACCCGGUCCACAGCAGGGCAGCAUACAAAUCCACAUAAUCUUCCUCAGUCAGCCGUGUGUAGAAAAAGUCCAUUCAAAUGGUUAUAUCUUUCUCCCGAGAACAGAGCUCUCCAGUGUUACAAACACCCUGUUUUUUCGACCAUGGUCAUAGAAAUUUGAUCGACGGGACGCCGAUUUAAAAUAAGGGGGGUGUAUUGUAAUGGGGUGGAGGUAGCAUUAGUUGUGGCUCCAUAUUAGGCAUGCUUGGGACUACAAAUGUGUUGGACUACAGAUCCCAUGAGUCCAAGUACUAUAAAGGGGGAAAUCAAAUCUUCUGGCCUUUCUCUUUGUGGGACCAU